AUGAAUGUUGCAAUUAUUCCCGCCCGUAAGGGCUCUAAGCUCCUUAAAGAUAAAAAUAUACUUCCUUUUAUGGGAAAGCCUCUUAUGGCACAUACCAUAGAAGCGGCACUACACUCAAAGCUUUUUGAAAAAGUACUAGUAUCCACAGAUUCAGAAAAAUAUGCAGGUAUCGCAAGGCAAUAUGGUGCUGAUGUGCCCUUUUUACGAUCAGAGGCCUUAGCUGGGGAUGCUGUUCCCAGCUCUGAAGUAAGUAAAGAGGUGUUACGAUUGCUUGCAAAAAACAACGAACACUACACAUACUUUGCUGUACUGCAAGCCACCUCUCCCUUGCGUGGUGCAGAAGAUAUACAAAAUUCACACAAGCUUCUUAUAGAAAAGAACGCAGAAAUAGUUGUAAGCGUUUGCCCUUCCCCCAUACCUCAACCGUGGAUUAACGUACUAGCAGAAAAUUGUAGCAUGCAUAACUUUAUUCCCAAGCAAUACAGGAACAAAUCACGGCAGAGUCUUCCUCAAUACUACAAAAUGCAUGGGGCUAUCUUCUGGGGGCGCGUAGACACAUAUCACAGACAAACAAACCCUUUCACCAAGCGUUGUUAUGCAUAUAUUAUGGAAACCGAAUGUUCUAUAGACAUCGAUAGCGACAUAGACUACGAAUUAGCAAAGAUACUUUACGCAAAACAAAGAAGGGCUAGUACUGGGUAG